AUGCGGCUGGAGGAAGAGGAUAGUGGAGAAAACGGAGGGUUGCGGGUGGUUCAGCCAUAUAGGAUACGGGCGGUGUCACUCUGCUUGGUAUCCCUGUUGUGGGAGAGAGCAAUCCGAGCCUCACCAGAAUUCUGGCCACCAUUGGCGAUGGAGAUUUGGGAAUCAUCCCAUUACCCCGAGCAUCUAGUCCCCGGGCGGUUGGUCCCAACGUACCAAAGCGCCCUCGCCCUUAUGAGAGGCCAGCCGCGAGUGCUUCUUUUGAACAUUCGCGGGCAAUCAGUCUCACUAGCCGACGAGUCCCUGCCAGAACUACCUCUGGAGCCCGAGGACCUAGGGUUGCGGCCGUACAGACAGCCUCUCUCCACGAUCCUUAAUGAUUCAUCCACCAGCUCGCUCACCAAAUUAAAUGUUUACAUUGCACACGUGUUGGACGACAUACUUCUCCGCCACCCGUCGAUGAUGGGGAACCUGGAGUCGCUCGUACUUCAACACCCCGAACAGGAUGAUCUGGGCGGAUUCUCCACUUCCCAGCGACUGCCUCCCCUCCCCAAACUCCGAAAAGCAGUUUUCAUUACGCCUACUGACCUGUUCUUCGACCAGCUGGAUGUGCCAUUCUAUCGGCAACUCACCCACCUCUUCGUUCAAGGCAUCAGCCCUUGGGCAUGGGACGCACUCAUGGAAAGCUGCUGCAGCUUGCGCAAGGGUACAUUCGUUCUUCCGCAGAACUUGGACGGACCGCAACCCUUACUUGCACUCCCCAUUUCACCAUUCGACACCGAUGAGAAGAUUGUCCAGAACGAACUUUCGGAGCUUGUGUUAAUCGUCACCCAGAGACACGCCAUUCGUCCUAGCCGGUUUCACCAUUUCCAUUGGCCCAAUCUUACGACGCUCAAGCUUUUCUGCUACCCACGGGAGGGUUUCUCCGACACGAUACAGACCGAGGAACGGGACCUUAUCUUUCCUUCCCUCACACAUUUGACGUUGAUGGGCCUGAGCCUCACCUACCUCCAGCGGGACCUAACUCCUUUCCUCAAGGCCUCGUCUUCGUUGGAGGAAUUAAUCCUCGGUCCAAGCUGCGGCAACGAUCUCGCCAAUUUGUUCCGUCAUCUCUCUUCGAGCGUGACGCCCCCUCUUCCCUCCCUCCGCCGGCUCCGAAUCAAUUGCGCUGUCCCGUUUAGGCUUCCAUUUAUAGAUGAGCCUGUCCACCCAGAAGUGGAGGCACAGGCACUCAUGCACAUGGUUUGCGGGCUACUCGUCGACCUGGUGGUGUCAUUAAAAUUUGUAGGCCAGGGAACUGGAAAGGCUGCACCAUUGGAGAGUCUCAUCUUGCAGAUGCUCCCUUGCGAAAAAUUGGAGAGACUUGGAGCGCUAUUUGAAGAAAGGAUAAAGCCGUGGAUUUCUGCCAGUGGUGCCAGAAGAGCGCCCCACAUGGUUGAAGUUAGCAUCUUUGACGCCCCGAGUUUAAGUAUAUCGGAGUAUGUUCCUCUUCCCAAGAACAUUGUGCAUUGGGACGAGGGUAUGAUGGACUUUAUAGAGAAAGAUCCGCAGUACGGUUUCACUGUUCCGUCUGAUGCAAUGACUAUUGUUCUGUAG